AUGCAUGUCAGAUGUUAUGGUCACAUCUCGUUCAAGGCGAUUGAAGCAAACAUCAAAUCAAUCGCUCCUCAUAACAAUCACUACUUCAUCAUGCAUCUCAAGACAGCAACCAUCUUGUUCGCCCUGUCUAGCACAGUCUUGGCCGAAUAUAUCACCGUCUUCCACGCCAGCUGUUCACCAGCACCACCUGCCGCGUACAAUGACAGCCUGCGCAACUGGAGGCAGAGAAUCUGUGAGACGGAGUUGAAGGGGAGCUACUACGACGAGGGCGACCAGUGCCAGGUGGUGGAUCCCGUUACUGCGGACACCAAGAAGGUCUACCACCCAACCCUUGGCGCAGCAGGUCAGCCCAACAUUAAGACGAGAUGCACCUGGUCAUGA